AUGACACCGGUCCAGCUAAGCCAGCUCGCUGACUUUCAAGCUAAGUGUUUAUUGGAGAAGACGCAAGUCAGAAGGUUCCACGUGGCGAAGAGACAGGGAGAGUUGGUGCUCUGCUGGCACGGAAAGGUAGGGUUACGAGUACUGCUUUCUCCACUUGGUUCCAACAUCGUACUUUGUACAGCAUGCUGUUCCGUUGGCAUCGGGUUGCCAGUGUACUCCACUUUCAAGGCAAUUGAGAAUAGAGAUCAGAAUGAACAACAUAAAUGGCUUGUUUACUGGGCAGCUUAUGGUUCUUUCAGCCUUGUUGAAGUGUUCACGGACAAACUCAUCUCUUGUUACGUUUGA